GUCAUCUUUGUGAUCUUAUGUGCCCAGUUUUCCUUACAAAAAUAAUCUUGCAAAUAAAAUUAUUCCAAUGGUUUCUGAAUUGAUAAUAUAUUUAUAUGCUAUUUUUUUGUAUAAUUACAAAGUCCCCAAGUGCGGAGAAAAAACUUAUCAUUCAUACAAAUAAGAAGUUCAUAUGGUAUUACAGUUGUGAAUAGCUUAAUAUUUCAGCAUAUUUGGCUUUUAGUAUUGUGAUACUCAAAGUUUUAUGUAUUUACAGAGCUUCUAGCACUAUGAGAGUUCGUCUCUUUAUCUUUCUCUUUCCCUACAAUGUUCAAAGCACCCUAAACCAAUUUCUUCAAUUUUCAGUUAGCUCAAACCAAUACAAAUUUCUUGUAUCAAUAUUUUGGUUAAUUUCUUAAAAAUGAUGUCAUCUUCGUAUAUUGAGUUCAAUUCUCAUAAACAAAUCUGAUUUCAAAAUUGACAUAAACGAUAUAAUCUAUUGAUUAAUAAAGUUUGUGGCAUUCUUACAAUAUUGUCAACUUGUCACUAUCAUUACAAAUCUUAAAUUUAUGAUUAUUAUCUCACGUAGCGUCCUUGUUCGGAAACUCGCUAGGCGCAACGCGUGCGGCUGAUCAGGGCCUAGCGAGCUAUUGAAAAAUCGGAAAUAAAUCGGGAAAUACUCGGAGAUUUUUAAUAGGGUUUUAAUUUUAAAUAAUACACAUAUAUAUUACUUUUGUAGAUUCCAAAUAUUAUUAUAGUUUAGGUUAAUGGGCUGCCUUACUCUAUUUGGGCCAGCCAAAACAUAAUUUGAAUAAAAAAUGGUAACGUUUUGUAGUUUUUAUUUAUUUUGUUUUGUAAAAUACGAAAAAGAUGUAGAUGUCAUCAUCUUCUUUCCUCUUUAUUCGGUUCUGCAACUAAACCUUCGCAUCCAUGAUAUCUUCGCAUCCUAGGCCUCAUCCUCUUCAUCUUCUUCAUCAUCGUCCGUCCCCAGCUCCCAACCGUCUACCUCAACUCCCUCUCCGUCUCCAACUUCACCGUCUCCGACAACCGCCUCGCCGGAAACUGGGACCUCGGUCUCCAGUUUCAAAACCCUAAUUCGUAGAUGUCGCUUCACUACGAUGGCGUCUUGUGCACGCUCUAUUACGACCGUGCGUCUCUCUCCGAGACGCGCCUGCAGCCGUUCGAUCUGGGGACGAUGGAUCAGACUCCGGUGAACGCGACGCUCGCCAUCUCCGGGACGUACGUCGAGGGGCGGUUGGUUGAUUUGAUUGGGAAAGAGAGGGGCGAGAAGGGAAGCGUCGAGUUCGAUUUGAGGGUGGUUUCGUUGGUUACAUUCCGGUAUGGAGUGUACAGGAGGAGGAGGGGGACAAUCCGUCAAAGACAGGAAUUAGGUUCGACGUCUAUCUCUCAACAAAACCGAAGCCCACUAACGAAGAAACUCAAGCCCAGCACGAAGUAUUGUAACCCAUACCGAUACGAUUAAAUGAUACGGCGCGUUUCAUUGAAGCGGGACACGUGUCAACACUAUGGACUUCGACUUUCUGACGUGUCCUCAGCAGGAGAGACUCCAACAUUUUUUUAUAUAAUUAGAUUCCUAUAAAUUGCACAAUUUAAAAAUAAUACUUUUUAUUUUCAUUCUUUUUCGUUCAUUUUAGAGAAUUAUAAAAAUAAAAUUGUUCUUUACCAAAGUUGAAAAAAUAACAAUCAUUCCUUUUUAUUUAUAUUCAUUAUGUUUUUGUUUUUAGGAUGAUUAAUAGUUACUCCUUCCGUUUCAAAAAGAUUCAUAUUUCAAAAAAAAAAUUGUUUCAAAAAGAUAUAUGUUUCAAAUUUUUAAUGUAUAAAUUAAUUACAAAUUGUAAACUUCAAAAAAUAUAAUGGUAUUUACAAAUAUUUUAUUGGUUAAAAGUUUUGAGGAACAAUUGAUAACGGAAAAUAAUGCAUGGUAACUACAAUUUGAUAUGUUUCAUUAAUAAAUGUAAAAAACCUAAAACAUAUCUCUUUUUGAAACAGAUGAAUCUUUAGACUAAUCCAGGUUUCAAGUCCCGGAGAGAGCAAUUUAUUAAACAAUUAUGCAGAUUACGGAAGAAAGACUUACAAGAGAUCUUCAACAUGGUGCAAGUAAAUCUGGUCUGACGUGGAUCUUCAUAGAACGGCUCAGGUGAUGUAGUUAGGCGUAGGUCUUUAUAAGGCAUAUAUUAUUGUCGGUUGUCGAAUCGUCUAUGUAAUCUUUCUCAUAUCAUAAUUAUAAUUGUAAGAUCAUAAUAAAUCAAUGUUAAAAAAAAUUCAUUAGACAAACUAUAAAUUGAUAAUUUAAGACCUUUUAGACUAUGGCUUUCUCAUGUUUGAAAACUGUAAACGUAAAUCAUUUGCAUUUAUAAUGUAUUCAAAACACAACCAAUCCAUUGUUGGCAUUACAAAUUGCUUCAUUCGUCGAAAUUUUUUACAUCCAAGAUUCAGAAAAAGAAGAAACACAAC